AAAAAAAAGGUUUGGCAUCACUGCUUAUCAUUGAGGUAAAUUGUCAAUCUCACUGACACUUUAAAAACAAAGAUUAGUUACCUGAAAGCAGGAUUAUGGCAUCGAUUACAGCACUGAGCCGCAUUAGUUCAAAGUUUUUACAGAUACCUUCCGCGGGUUUUCUAGCACCAUGCCUUCAGAAUACUGUUGUACAACAGCAGCAGCAAGUUCGCCAUCGGCGAACCAAGCACUGGGAUCCUAAAUGGAAGCGAUUGCGUAUAGCGAAGUUCGUGAAGGUAGAUAUCCCAAAUCUAAACGAGCGAGCUGAAGACAUGAGUCGUGAGCAGAUCAAGUCUCGGAUGAAGGAGCGUGGUAUUCUCCCACCGCGACCAUGGCUGGAAAGACCUUUCCACAUUAGCUGCACUGGAGGUGUUUUUGAGCCAUAUGUUCCACCGGAAGGCGAUGGUAAAAUGUCUGCGGUUUCCAAAGAAGGUGCAAUGCAAAAGUUUGAGAUAGUGGAAAAGAAGACCAAAUCUAUGAUGGCGAUAAGGAAAAUUCGCAAUUAUGAUGAUGAAUUUGAGUCGAAAGAAUUCGCAGCCCAAGCACAGGAUAUUUACAUUGAUGCGCAUAACACACUAGCGGCGAAAAACAAGUACAGACUCCGUGAGAUUGUUACCGAGAGAGCCUACCCUGAACUCAUGCAUAACGUGUUGGACAAAACAAUUCACUGGAAGUUUUUGAAGUCUCUAGAGCCCCCACGAGUGGUUCAUGCACGCUGCACCGACGUCAUAACUAAGGAGAACAUAUUUGCACAGGUCACGGUUCGAUUUCACACCCAGCAAACCCUGGCCAUUUAUGACCGAUUCGGGCGGUUAAUGCAUGGCAGCGAGAUGCUCGCGAAAGAUUGCCUUGAGUAUGUGGUUUUCGAAAAGCAUUUAUCGAACGAGUAUGGCGUUUGGCGACUUCACGAGAAAAUUAUUCCCGAUUGGCUGCCUCCCAAGUCCCCGGCGUACAUCACGUAUCGUGUUGACGAUGAACCACCGGCAGAGAAAAAAGAGGAAAGUAAGGAAGUUACUGUUGCCAGCGAGGAGGGCGAUAAAGUGCAACUGGUUGCGACUUAGUACGGAGCGGUGCGUUAACUAUGAAUAUAUUGAUAUGGUUGGAUGAUUGAUGUAUUAUGCACUAAAAUAAAAAAUGAGUUGAAAUACGA